CUGCAUUCUUUUUUACAAUCUUGAUUUUAACAAAGUUGCUUAUCAUAGCUGGGUCAUAUCAUACCGAAAUCCAUCUACCUUCUUUUACGAUGAAAUGGACAACCGCGAUGCUUUGGCAACAAUUUUGUCGAGCCUCUGUGAUGAUGAGAGAAAACAUACCGAAGCGGRAUAUUUUCAAUAUCUCGUUGACAACUGUUUCCAGCAGCUGAAUGUUAGAGAAGGAAAAGGAAUGACAUGCGAAGACAGAUCAAUGAAAUCACUAGAGCAUGAAGACCUGGAGUGUGCAACCUCGACAAACUCCUCGCAGCUUAGUGAAAAUGCUCUCAAAGCUUUUCAAGAUGUUGACAGAUGCAUUCUUGACGAAGAAGACGAUGACAUGGUGCCUCUUGAUAUGCUUUUCUAUAGACUAGUUUCCCCAGUACUGGACCAGCUGACCCACGACGAGGUGAUUAUCAUCCCUGACGGUUAUCUUUUCAUGGUGCCAUUCGCUGCUCUUCAAGAUCCAAAAACCGGCAAGUAUUUAUCGGAAACCAAACGCAUUCGACUGGCUCCUUCUCUGACGACGUUGAAAAUUCUACAAGAAUCCUCAUAUGACACGUAUUGCAGGUCAGGUGCUCUGAUCAUUGGAAACCCCACUACUGGACAUGUCAGUCGUAAUGGUCGUACAGUGAUAUUCUCCCCGUUACCCGGUGCCGAAGAUGAAGCCAUACAGAUUAGUAAUCUUCUUGGUGCACAGCCAUUGAUAGGGACUCAAGCAACAAAAGAAACAGUCCUAAGAAGACUUCAACAAGGUGUGUCAAUUAUCCAUUUUGCUGCACAUGGUAGUAAGGAAAAUGGACAGAUUGCUCUUGCUCCCUCUAAACCUACGACGUACUCGAGUCCAGCAGAGGAGAAGGACUGCAUYUUGACCAUGAAAGAAGUACAAGAGAGUGGAAUUCAUGCUCAACUGGUUGUCCUCAGCUGUUGCUACAGUGGUCGAGGAGACRUAAGGUCUGAAGGAGUUGUUGGAAUGACUCGAGCCUUUCUUGCUGCAGGAGCUCGUGCCGUUGUAGCGUCAYUGUGGGCCAUUGAUGACACAGCAACAAAKKUYUUCAUGCUGAAAUUCUAUUCCCAUCUUAAGAAUGGAGASAGUGCRAGUAAGAGUCUGCAGCAGGCAAUGAAGGACAUGAGAGAKAUAUACGAGGARCCVAUGUWCUGGGCUGGAUUCUUUCUGAUUGGAGACGAUGUCACCAUCACAGUGUGA